AUGAGCCCAAAACAAUUCAUCCAGUUUAUAUUCUCGUUUGUUCCGAUUUUGGCAACCAUAAAGCAAUAUCGCUGGCGUCAGUACAUCUUUGGUGAUUUCGUAGCAGGCGUCACGGUUGGAAUCAUGCACGUCCCUCAAGGAAUUGCUUAUUCAUUUCUGGUCGGAGUAGAUCCAAUUUAUGGCUUGUAUUCGUCGUUUUUCCCCGUUCUAGUAUACAUGUUAUUCGGCACUUCAAAACAUGUAUCCAUCGGCUCAUUUGCUGUGAUAAGUCUGAUGACUGGUACAUCGCGGGUACGAAUUUUAAAGGCAAUUUAUACUCAGUUCUUGCAACAACGUGGUUUUUAUAUUGAAAGUGCCGUAGAAAUGGGCCUAAAAUCAAUUAAUUUUAAAAAUCUCUCAACAGAAGUACCAUUCAAUCUUGGCAAUGUAUCCAGCAUACAAGUGGUUACGGCGCUCACAUUCUGCAUCGGUGUAGUACAGGUAACAAAUGAAUCGCUUAUUGAACUAGUUUUUGCCAAUAGGAAUAAAAACCAUGCCGGGAUUUUUUGUUCUGGGUUGCUUCGUUACAACAGCACCAAUAAACAAGCAAAUAAGCGAAGCUUUGAUUUACCGUUGCAGUUGAUGUUAGCACUGCUACAUGUAGAGUUUAUUGCUUCGUACAUGUCCGAUCAGCUUAUUUCUGGAUUCAGCGCUGGCGCUUCAGUUCAUGUUAUAUUCGUACAACUCGACAAAGUUUUCCAGGCAUGUUAUGAUUCCUACAGUAACCAAGAUAAAUCAUUGGCGACGCGCACCGAGCGGACCCGCGGGAUCAUGCGUUUUUGCAGCAUUUCGUGCUGUUGUAAGAUCGCUUGGAAUCACAGUAGUUAG